CCUGUUUAUCGCCAUUUUUGUGAUGGCCGCUGAUAUUUAUAGAUCGUAGGGUGUUGUUAUUCCUAAUAAAUAAAUGCAUUGAAAAUGGAGGAAACAAAAGUAAUAUAUUACAUAGAUGACGAGGAGACGCCGUAUUUAGUUAAAAUCCCCAUAUCGCCGGAGAAAGUAACGUUGCUGGACUUCAAGAACCAACUGAAUAGGCCGAAUUACAAAUUUUUCUUCAAAUCCAUGGACGAUGACUUUGGUGUGGUGAAAGAGGAGAUUGUUGACGAUAACGCGCAUCUGCCGUGUUUCAACGGUCGUGUAGUGUCUUGGUUGGUGUCAGCGGAGGGUUCAAACCCGUCGGACGGUGCUUCUCAGUGCACGGAUAGCAAUGCAGGGAAGGCGAAACCAAACCCCCAUGGAGCCCCAACAGUUCCUCUCACAAGGGAUACGUGUACAGACACGGACAGUACGAUUAGUUCCCGACCGGGUCACAGGGCUUCCUGUGAUAAAUACAAAUACAGAGGCCUUAGAAUCAACGGGCACUCUAAAUAUGGUAACCACGGGCUAGAAUACGAGACUGCAUCGGUUCUGAGCUCCGAUUUGGACUCUACCAGCCUGUUUGACAGUCAGUCUGAGAUCACAACUACCACUGGACGCCACACGAACGCGUCAGUGGACCGAGCAUUGACAGAAUGCAGUAGUGUUUCCCACCUUCAAGUUAGUUCGCGAAAAAGGCCUCAACGAAGAAGAAAGAGACCUCAAGUUAUGUCCAGAACGUCUUCCUAUUCCUCUAUAACGGAUUCUACGAUGUCUAUGCACAUUAUUACGGUCACUUUGAAUAUGGACACGGUGAAUUUUCUUGGUAUUUCCAUAGUGGGACAGUCGAACAAAGGUGGUGAUGGAGGGAUCUACGUAGGAAGUAUAAUGAAGGGCGGUGCAGUGGCUCUGGAUGGGAGGAUAGAGCCUGGAGACAUGAUUUUGCAGGUGAACGACGUAAACUUUGAAGACAUGACCAACGACGAGGCGGUGCGAGUGCUCCGAGAAGUCGUCCAGAAGCCCGGGCCCAUCAAGCUGGUGGUGGCCAAGUGCUGGGACCCCAACCCCAAAGGGUACUUCACGAUACCCCGGACGGAGCCUGUCAGGCCUAUUGACCCCGGCGCCUGGGUAGCGCAUACAGCAGCACUAAGGGAGGCCUACCCGCCGCCGCCGCUGUCGGCGCUCCCGCCGUCGGAGCGAGCGAGCGACGCGGGCACCGUCGACACCGCGCCGCUCAAUGUCGGCAUGGACGUGGCGCACGUGGUCCGGGCCAUGCUGCGGCCGGACUCAGGCCUCGAGAUCCGCGACCGAAUGUGGCUCAAGAUCACCAUCCCGAACGCGUUCAUCGGCGCCGACGUCGUCGACUGGGUGCUGCAACACGUCGCCGGGAUCGCAGACCGCCGCGACGCGAGGAAAUACGCCUCGCACAUGUUGAAGGCCGGCUUCAUCCGACACACAGUGAACAAGAUAACAUUCUCGGAGCAGUGCUACUAUGUGGCCGGCGAGCUGUGCGCCGAGUUUGCCGCGCUGAGGCUGCGAGGCGACGCCGACAGCGCGGUGUCUGACACCUUAGCGCCGCUGCCCAACCCCGGCAGGAUGGGUCCCGGUUAUAUGCCGUACGCAGGCUCGUAUGGAUACCAGCCGAUACCCUACAAAUAUUCUGCUUGCCUACCCGCCGACCACACCGUUUACGGAUACAACCGCGAGGAGAGCGUGCUAUCCGGCAGCGGUGGUUCGAGCGCCGGCUCGGACCAUCUAACGGCUAAAGAGCAGACCGGCACAGUCCCCGGCUCCGUUCAGUCAACAUCGAGUGGCUCCGCAGCCUCCGGCGCCGACGCGCGCCGCUCCCACUCCAGCGGCUCAGAGCGCGCGCGCGAGCGGCCUGUGCUGUUCCUGUAGAGCACAG